AUGGCCGACGCACAGCAAGAGGCGAACAUUGCCGUCUGGAAGAUGAAGAAGCUCGUCCAGAGCUUGCAGGCUGCCCGAGGAGCAGGCACUUCGAUGAUUUCCCUCAUCGCCCCGCCUCGCUCCCAGAUCUCGCAGCUCCAGUCCAUGUUGACGCAAGAGUACGGCACGGCGUCCAACAUCAAGUCGCGCGUCAACCGUCUCUCCGUCCUGGCCGCCAUCACCUCGACCCAGCAGAGGCUCAAGCUGUACUCUAAGGUCCCGCCCAACGGCUUGAUCAUCUACUGCGGUACCAUCUUGACGGACGAGGGAAAGGAGAAGAAGGUCAACAUCGACUUCGAGCCCUUCAAGCCCAUCAACACCUCGCUUUACCUCUGCGACAACAAGUUCCACACCGAGGCUCUCGCCGAGCUGCUCGAGUCGGACGCCAAGUUCGGCUUCAUCGUGAUGGACGGUAACGGCGCACUUUUCGGCACGCUUGCGGGCAACACGCGCGAGGUGAUCCACAAGUUCUCGGUCGACCUGCCGAAGAAGCACGGUCGUGGUGGACAGUCUGCGCUCCGUUUCGCCCGUCUCCGUAUGGAGAAGCGUCACAACUACGUUCGCAAGGUCGCCGAACUCGCUGUCCAGCACUUCAUCACCGACGACAAGGUCAACGUCCAGGGACUCGUGCUUGCUGGUUCGGCAGACUUCAAGACGGAGCUCAACCAGUCCGACAUGUUCGACCAGCGCCUCGUGGCAAAGGUCAUCAAGGUCGUCGACGUGUCGUACGGAGGCGAGAACGGUUUCAACCAGGCUAUCGAACUCGCGGCCGAGUCGCUCUCGAACGUCAAGUUCGUUCAGGAGAAGAAGCUCAUCUCGCGCUACUUCGACGAGAUCUCGCACGACUCGGGCAAGUACUGCUUCGGUGUCGACGACACGCUCCGCGGUCUCGAGAUGGGCGCCGUCGAGACCCUCAUCGUCUGGGAGAACCUCGACGUCACUCGCCACGUCCUCCGCGACUCGCAGGGUGCCGAGCACGUCGUCCACACUCAGGCUCCUCCGCCCUCAGCUAGCAACAACAAGGCUGAGGCGGCUGUCGGCAUCGCUGCCCUUAGCGAGACGGAGCGUGAGAAGUUCAUCGACAAGGCGACGGGCCUCGAGAUGGAGCAGGCGGCUGAGCCGGUCAACUUGCUCGAAUGGCUCUCGGAGAAGUACAAGGACUUUGGUGCCGAGAUUGAGAUUGUCACGAACAAGUCGCAGGAGGGCUCGCAGUUCGUCAAGGGCUUCGGUGGCAUCGGCGGUCUCCUCCGGUACAAGGUCGACUUUGCCGAGAUUGCGGACGCGCUCGAGCAGGCGGACGAAGACGAGUUCUACGACUCGGACGAGGACUUUAUCUGA